AUGCGGGUUCUUGAGACCGUCAUUCUCGUGUCCGGGCUCUGCCCAGUCACAUUAUCCUCCAACGUUGAUGUUCCGGCACGAGCCUUACCCAACGCUCCCAAUGGCUAUGCACCGACCACCGUGACUUGCCCCCAGAACCGACCUAGCAUCCGAUCCGCCGCGACGCUGUCACCCAAUGAGACCUCAUGGCAACAGCUGCGUCUGAACUCCACUACUCAGGCAAUGAAGAAUUUCUUCGGCAAUGUCAAGAUCGCCAACUUCGAUGCUGUAAACUACUUGACCAAUGUCACGACCGAGCAACCGCCCAAUGUCGCCAUCGCCGUCUCCGGUGGAGGGUAUCGCGCCAUGCUAAUUGGAGCCGGUGUCGUCAAGGCUUUUGAUAGUCGUACUCCAGGGAGCUCCGGCACAGGUCAACUCGGCGGCGUAGUCCAAAGUUCCACCUAUCUCGCUGGCCUCAGUGGUGGUAGUUGGCUGGUUGCGUCGAUCUAUGCUAACAAUUUCACCACGAUCUCGGCCCUGCAGGAUGAUACCACCAAUGAAGCCUGGCAACUGGACCAAUCGAUUGAGGAAGGCCCCAUCGCCAUGAAUACCACCACUUACUUUGCCACCAUCGUCGAACAGGUCAAUUCCAAGUACAAGGCCGGCUUUAACACCACUGUCACAGAUGCAUGGGCUCGAAUGCUGUCGUUCCAAUUCAUCAAUUCCACGGACGGUGGUCCGUCCUACACCUGGUCAUCAAUAGCCCUGGACUCCCAGUUUGCCAGUGGAGAUAUACCUAUGCCUCUCGUAGUGGCUUGUGUGCAGGGAGAGACAAUUUAUAGUACCAACACAACCGUGAUGGAAUUUUCACCCUUUGAAUUCGGCUCGUGGGACCCAACAGUGUAUGCCUUUGCCCCGCUGGAGUACUUGGGCUCAUCAUUUGAUGGAGGCGAAAUCCCCUAUGAUGGUAACUGUGUGAGAGGAUUUGAUAACGCCGGAUUCGUGCUGGGAACAUCGUCGUCCCUUUUCAACGAGCUCGUCGGAACCGCUUUAGCCACUGAGCUACUUAACCCUCUAACCAGUGUUCUCACCAGCCUUGGGCUCAACCUUGAUACGACGCAUGAAUAUGUCGCUGAGUAUAUCAAUCCUUUCUUUAAUUACACUCAGAACAGUGGACUCUAUUCCGAUUCCCCGUCGUUGUACCUCGUAGAUGGUGGAGAGGAUCUGGAAGCAAUUCCAUUCCAGCCUCUGAUUCAACCUGAACGGAAAGUAGACGUUAUUUUCGCUGUCGAUGUUAGCGGCGAUACAACAUAUGGGUGGCCAAAUGGCUCGUCCUUAAUUGCCACAUAUGAGCGCAGUGUUAGCGACACGAAUAUUUAUAAUAGCACAUCUUUCCCUGCGGUACCAGAUGCGAACACGUUUGUUAAUUUGGGUUUAAACACGCGGCCCACCUUCUUUGGAUGCAACAGAUCUAAUUUCUCGAUCACGACACCCCUUGUUGUCUAUCUGCCAAACUAUCCAUACAUAACGGAGUCGAAUAUCUCAACGUUCGAUUUGACCUACAAUGACAGCCAGCGCGAUGCCAUAAUUCUUAACGGAUACAACAUCGCCACUAUGGCCAAUGACACUCGAGACUCCAGCUGGUCUACAUGUGUCGGCUGUGCCAUGCUGAGUCGAUCAUUCGACCGUACUAACACAACCGUCCCCGCUGCUUGCUCAAGCUGUUUCGAAACAUUCUGUUGGAACGGCACCAUUGACUCCACAACGCCGCCGCCUUAUGAUCCUACGAUUGGAUGGAUGGCUUCAAAUACUACCAAUUCGACUGGAACUACCACUAGCAAUCCCACUAGCACUCAGGCCACGAGCAGCGCGGCAACCACCACCGGCACAAGCGCUGCUAUUCCGACUGCCAUGCCCAAAGCAGUUCCCUUUGUUUUGGGUGCUGUUUUAGCUCUAUUGGGCUUUAUGUGA